CACCACUCUUGACUCCUGACUCGUCGUGCAAGCAGCGACUGACUCUUCGAUAGGCACUGAAACGCCUAGCGCCUUCCCUUCGCUCGACUUUGGAUCGUGCGACGCUUACGUCACGCACCCCGGCUCGAGUUCGAGCACACCUGGCUUAAGAAUGUCGGAGCCGAACAGGCUAGCGACGGAUAGGUUGGAGUCGGAAGCCAUGGAGGUGGACGCAACUGCCGAUCCUGCUUUAGCCGACAACCUGGAAGCCGACCCAGCAGCUCGGGAAGCGCUCUCAUCUGAAGCGUCAUCUGCAGGGACAGAAGCACCGCCUGAGGUGAGAGCUGCUGCUAACAGUCUGCUGCCGGAUGAUCAGGACUCGCCGCUGCACCAAUCGGGAACAUCUUCAUCUGCACACCCGAUCAGGGACGGGGAAGGUGCCACAUCGGCCGAAAAAGAAGAAGAACUGCCUGUCGAGCUGGCACAACCUAGAAGCGAUGACGAGGAGCAGCAAGCUGAGAAGCCUCAAGGCGAACAAGAAGAUGCAGAUGAUGAUGACGACGACGGAGAUCUGUUCGGGGAUGAUGAUGAGGACGUCGAGGAUGUUGGUGCUGAACAGGCCGACAAAGCGGUAGCUGUCGGCGACACGGACGAUGAUGACGAUGCCAUGAUAAGGCAGACUGGCAGGCGAAGAAAGGCCGCUGCUUCACCCUCCUCCGCUCGGUCAAACUCCUUCAUCUCAAAGGACGAUGAAGAAGCCGCGGCCUCCAAAAGAAGACUGGAGCACUUGGAAGACGAUGCUCCCAUGGGUAUCGGGAUGACCCAAGAAGACGCGGAAGCUCAAGCAGAAGCGGAGAUGGAGCAGCAUGCCGAUUUUUCCCUGCCUUCCCUUCCUGUCCGCAGAGGUGCGCCACACUGGAUCACCAAAUUACCAAAUUUUGUGGGCUUUCAGACAACGCCCUUUGAUACGAAGACCUUCGAUAUGAGCAGUGAUGAAGCGGAAAUCAUGAGGACGAGGGAACAAAUUGCUCGGAUCCAGGAUCCUGGUCUUAGGGCGACAGUAGCGAGCACUUGCACCAUGCGGUGGAGAUGGGCACCAGAGAAAGAAAUUAACGAAAGCGGCAAAAGGCUGCGACAAUCGAACACACGAGUGGUACGAUGGAGCGAUGGAACAUUAUCCUUUCAGCUGGGCGACGAGCUGUACGACAUUACUCAGAUACCCGAGCCAGGCACACGUGAAGCGCCACGCGGAGCGAACGCGCAAUCCAGGCCGCAAGCGGAAGGUCCUAGCGCCCAAGCCAGUCAGCGCGGCACAGAUGGAUCAGCCGCAAGAUACUCUGCAAGUUCCGCUCCGUCGACAUACCUCUUCGUUCAUCACAGCGAUGACAUCGAAGCUUCGGAAGGCCCCAUCGCAGGAUCCAUGGUUCUCAGACCGACAGACACCCAAUCAGAGACGCACAGGCGUCUAGCUCGAGCAGUCAAGCAUUCACGAGGUGCGAGAGUGACCCAAAUGGCUUUCGAUACGAGGGCUAAAGACCCAGAGGAAGAGAAGGCUGCUCUCGAGAAGCAAAAGAGGCUGGAAAGCCUAAAGGCUGCUAAGAAGAGGAGACAGAAUGCUGGUCUGAGUGGCCUCGGAGCCGCAGAUGAAGAAUUCUGGGAUUCGCGAGCAGGCAGAAGAAGGCUUGGCAGAGCUGGAGCCGAUUACGAUCAAGGAGCGACUUACGCCUCUGACGAAGAGGAAGAAGCUGCGCUCAGCGGCGAUGUAGAAGGCGAUGACGGUUUCAUCGUGUCCGACAAGGGCUCGCCAUCUUCCGAAAAGUCGGCGCAGGACGACAUGGACGUGGACGAUGAGCCAGACGACCUUGAAAGGGCUGAGAAAAGUAUUGAGGACGCGGCUUUGCGCAAAGCUGAAGCAGAUGCCCAGCAGCUGGCUGCAUCCACACAGAAUGGUGAAACUGCUGGGGAUGUGGCCAAGGAGCGCUCUCGCAGGAGGGUAGUAGCUGACAGCGAAGAUGAGGAAGAGUGAUGGAUGUCGCAGACUACGCACUGGUCCAUGAUACGGUCACACGGAUGCCGCGGCCUGUAUCUAUCCACUUCGAUCACGCGCGGAUCGCUCGAGUUGAGUGAUACCUCUCGUCGCAAAUCUGCUUUGCUUCGUCGACCCUCGUUGAGGCAACCAAGCGUUUGUCCGUGGACGUUUGAAAAGGUUCUCCACGCGAUCCUUUCCACAUGCGACUGGCUGCGAAAGAACCGUCUUACCAUGAGAAGCCUGUGCCUACUUGCACCAUCCCUUUCGCAAAGCUGCACUAGGUGAGCACAAGCACGGGAAGCAUGCUGAAUCACAACAUUCAUCCGAC